AUGAAAGAGAGAGGCAAAGCUGUGGAAGUGUACAACAAUAUUGAUUUUUUCCAAGAUUAUAGCACUUCAUCGGAUGUUCCAUGUAAGAAACACCCGCAACCAUCUUCAGUUGGUGUAUGUGCUUAUUGUCUCAAGGAUCGUUUGAUCAACUUGGUUUGCUCAGAUUGUGGUGAACAGCGUCUCUCAUCUUGCUCUUGCUCUGAAAUCUCCUCCAACCCUCGAACUUCAUGCACUGGUGAGGUAGGUAGCGUUGGUCGUGUCUCAUUCUUGAUAGAGAAUGAAAACAAGGAUCAAGUUCUAAAUCCAAUUUCCAAGCCUAGAAACAGUAAUAGUGGAAAUAAAUCAGAAGAAAUUUUCUUACUCAAGAGAAGCAAUAGUAGCUGCGUUGAGAUCAAGAAAAAGAACGGAUUUUGGAGAAUUGGAAGGUUGUUUAGGAAAAAGAGAGACAAAGAUAGUAAUAAUUGUGGUAAGAGUGUUGGUGGGGUUGAUGACAAAAGUGAUUUGUGGGUUGUUGAUUACACGGGCGUGUCAAGGUCAAGGUCUCUUUGUAGCUUCAGGGGUGGUGGAUUUUUUGGAUCUGAAGAUGGAAGUGACUUGAUGAAUAUUUCAGGUGCAAGGAGCUCCAUUUCAGCUGCUAGGAGUUCUGGUGUCAAUGGUGGUUUGGUUUUUGAUCCUGAACGGAAAAGUGGGUUUAGUGAAGCAGAGCCGAGGAAAAGUGGCUUUGAUAGUGAAAGAAGAGACAGUUCUUUCAUUGAGUCUGAUAUUGCAGAUAUUAGAGCUAUGAGAAAAGGUGUUGGUGGUCUCAUGGAUGUUGAUGGUGGUUUUAAUGGAGCAAACAGGCGGGUGUUUUCUCUGAAAGAGAGUUAUUUUACUGGUGGGGAUGAUUCAGGCUUCAUUGACUUAAAAUUUGAUUUCCAAUCAGAGCCUAAAGGGGAUAUCCCUGCAGUGAAGAAGGGUGUUUUUUCUGCUUUUGGCAGCAUGAGGGAUGGUGGUGAUUUUAUGCCAUAUAAAUCUGGUGGUUCUAUUGAAAAUGCACUGGUUGGAGAUGGGGCCUUUUGCAAUGGAGGUUCAUGUCGGAUGACAGUGGAUGAAAGAGGAACCAAAAAGAGCAGAAAAAGUUUCAAGGGAUGGCGAUGGAUUUAUGUCCAUUUAAGUAAUGAAACAAAAGUGGCUAGCUCAGGAAUGUCUUUGAUUUUUCACUUACUUCAAAAACUCAAGAGAGGAACAAAAAGCAACAAGAUGGAUUCUAUAACAGGGUAUCUUUCAAUUCCAAGUCCUUGGUGGAAUUGUCAAAAGAUUUUACAAACCAAGCAACCGAAUUUAUGCUUCAUUUGGGCGGCGGGAGAAUGGGAGAGGUUCAAUCACAAAACGACACUCUCAAUGUGA